AUCCUGACUCCAGGGACAAGCUCGUGGUCGAGGUGAAUGCAGGAGGGCCAAGAGGGUGAGGGCUGGUGUGCACCUGGAGCCCUGCACCUGGCUUUCCGAAUUUUACCUUGCGGUCAAGGUACCAGACCAGAGCCUGGUCAGAGAGGCCCACUGCUGGGGAAGUGAAGGCAUUUGGCUUGUCUAAUUAUGAAACAGCCUCGUUCAACCUGGAGUCAAGCCCCGGGAUGCAGGCCCUUGUGCUACUCUUCUGGACUGGAGCCCUCCUCGGGCACGGCAGCUCCCAGAACACCGCUGGCAGCGAGGAGGAGGCCUCUGUGGCCCCCGACACGGGGGUGCCAGUGGAGGAGGAGGAUCCCUUCUUCAAGGUGCCCGUGAAUAAGCUGGCAGCAGCGGUCUCCAACUUUGGCUAUGACCUGUAUCGUAUGAAGUCCAGUAUGAGCCCUACUGCCAACGUGCUCCUGUCCCCACUCAGCGUGGCCACAGCAUUCUCUGCCCUGUCGCUGGGAGCGGAUCAGCGAACAGAGACCAUCAUGCACCGGGCUCUCUAUUACGACCUGAUCAGCAACCCAGACAUUCACGGUACCUACAAGGAACUCCUUGCCACCGUCACCGCCCCUGAAAAGAACUUCAAGAGCGCUUCCCGGCUCAUCUUUGAGAAGAAGCUGAGGAUAAAAUCCAGCUUUGUCGCACCACUGGAAAAGUCAUAUGGCACCAGGCCCAGAAUCCUGACUGGCAACCCUCGCAUGGACCUUCAGGAGGUUAACAACUGGCUGCAGGCCCAGAUGAAAGGGAAAAUCCCUAGGUCUACAAGGGAGAUGCCCAGUGAGAUCAGCAUUCUCCUCCUCGGUGUGGCUUACUUCAAGGGGCAAUGGGUAACAAAGUUUGACUCCAGAAAGACUUCCCUUGAGGAUUUCCACUUGGAUGAGGAGAGGACUGUGAAAGUCCCCAUGAUGUCAGAUCCUAAGGCCAUUAUACGCUAUGGCUUGGACUCUGACCUCAACUGCAAGAUCGCCCAGCUGCCCUUAACUGGAAGCAUGAGUAUCAUCUUCUUCCUGACCAUGAAAGCAACCCAGAACUUGACCAUGAUAGAAGAGAGUCUCACCUCUGAGUUCAUUCAUGACAUAGACCGAGAACUGAAGACCGUUCAAGCAGUCCUGACUAUCCCCAAGCUGAAGCUAAGUUACGACGGUGAAGUCACCAAGUCCAUGCAAGAGAUGAAGCUCCAAUCCUUGUUUGAUUCUCCAGACUUUAGCAAGAUCACAGGCAAACCAAUCAAACUUACUCAGGUGGAACACCGGGCUGGCAUUGAGUGGAAUGAGGAUGGGGCAGGAACCACCCCAACCCAGGAGCUCCAGCCGGCCAGUCUCACCUUUUCCCUGGACUAUCACCUUAACCAACCCUUCAUCUUUGUACUGAGGGAUUCAGACACAGGAGCCCUUCUCUUCAUAGGAAAAAUUCUGGAUCCCAGGAGCACUUAAUGCCCCAGUUCAAUGUUCAGAUACCGUAGAAGAAGAUAACUCCAGAGGGAUGGCAGAUUAUAUAUUACAUGAAGGCUGCCCCUAUAAUGUUUCAAUGUCUACUUUGCAAUAAAAGAGUUUUAUCCUUAA